GUGGAGAGGAGUCUUAGCAGAUCCAGAAUUUGCAGAUUUGAGGGAUUUAGUGCAAGAAGAAGAACAGUUGAUGGAAGAAAAGAAAAAGAAAAAAGACGACAAGAAAAAGAAGGAAGCUGCUCAAAAGAAGGACUCCCAUACAGUUGGUCUUAACCACCGUCAGGAAGCCGUACAGUGCCAGAGCCCCUCUCCGUGUUGUGUCACAGACAGUGGAGGUAGGGUAGGCGUGGAAAGCAGGGCUCAUGUCCCUGCCACUGAACAAAAAAUCAAAGUGCCAGAACAGAUAAAGCCCAGUGUAAGCCAGCCUCAGCCUGCCAACUCUAAUAACGGCACUUCCACAGCAACCAGCACUAAUAAUAAUGCCAAACGAGCCACAGCCAACAGUCAGCAGCAGCCGCAGCCGCCACAGCAGCCGCAGCAGCAGCCACAGCCACAGCAGCCGCAGCCACCACAGGCCUUGCCUCGGUAUCCUCGUGAAGUACCACCACGAUUCCGCCACCAGGAACAUAAGCAGCUUCUAAAGAGGGGUCAGCAUUUUCCUGUCAUAGCAGCAAACCUGGGAUCUGCUGUUAAAGUGUUAAGCAGCCAGUCAGAAAGCAGUGCUUUAACAAACCAACAGCCACAAAAUAACGGAGAGGUGCAGAGCAGCAAAACCCAGUCAGAUACUAACCACAACGCUUCCGGAUCUCAUUAUGAAAAUUCACAGCGGGGACCUGUGUCUUCUUCGAGCAACUCCAGCACAGACUCUAAGGAUGCUGUUGUAAACAACUCCCCUGAGAAAGAAGCAUGGCCCUUGGUCCUUGGCAGUGAUCCAGAGUUGGCUUCAGAAUGUAUGGAUGCUGAUUCUGCCUCCAGGACUGAAUCAGAGAGAAACAUCACUAUCAUGGCUUCAGGGAGCACAGGUGGUGAGAAAGAUGUCCUUCGAAACAGCACUGGACUUGGUUCCCAAAACAAGUUUGUGGUUGGCGGCAACAGCAAUAGUUUGGGUCGUGGAAGUAGUACUGGGCCCUGGGGCUUCUCCCAUGGAGCCGUAAUAAGCACAUGUCAGGUCUCUGUGGAUGCUCCUGAAAGCAAGUCAGAAAGUAGCAACAAUAGAGUGAAUGCUUGGGGCACUGUAAGCUCUUCAUCAAAUGGAGGGGUAAAUCCAAGCACUUUGACUUCAGCUAGCAACCAUGGUGCCUGGCCAGUAUUAGAGAACAACGGACUUGCCCUAAAAGGGCCUGUAGGGAGUAGUAGUCCUGGCAUCAAUAUUCAGUGCAGUACCAUAGGCCAGAUGCCUAACAAUCAGAGUAUUAACUCUAAAGUGGGUGGUUCUUCUACCCAUGGUACCUGGGGAAGCCUUCAGGAAACUUGUGAAUCCGAAGUAAGUGGUACACAGAAGAUUUCAUUCAGUGGUCAACCUCAGAAUAUCACCACUGAAAUGACUGGACCAAAUAACACUACUAACUUUAUGACCUCUAGUUUACCAAACUCCGGUUCAGUACAGAAUAAUGAGCUGCCCAGUAACUCGGGGGCCUGGCAUGUGAGCACAAUGAACCAUCCUCAGAUACAGGUUCCAUCGGUUAUGAAUGGCACUUCCCUUCCUCACCUUAGCAAUGGAGAGUCAAAAAGUGCAGGCUCUUAUGGUACUACCUGGGGUGCCUAUGGUUCUAACUACUCUGGAGACAAAUGUGCAAGCCCCGACGGCCAAGCUGAUGGUGACACUGUGAACACAACUCUGAUGCAGCCUGGCAUGAAUGGGCCUGUGGGCACGAACUUUCCAGUCACCUCAAAUAAAGGAGGAGGCCUGUGGGAGUCUGGGGCCACAAAUUCCCAGAGUGCAUCCUGGGGAAGUGGAAAUGGUGCAAACUUGGGAGGAAGUCGAAGAGGAUGGGGAACUCCUGCACAAAACACUGGCACUAAUGUACCCAGCGUGGAGUGGAGCAAACUGCCUGGCAAUCAGCAUUCCAGUGACAGUGCAAACGGCAAUGGUAAGAAGUUUACAAACGGAUGGAAUUCUACUGAGGAAGAGGAUCAGGGUUCUGCCACAUCUCAGACAAAUGAGCAAAAUAGCAUGUGGGCCAAAACAGGAGGUACAGUGGACAGUGAAGGUAGUACAGAGAGCACUGGACGCCUCGAAGAAAAAGUAACUGGGGAGACUCAGAGUAGAGACAGAAGAAGAAUUGAUCAGCACACAUUACUCCAAAGCAUUGUUAACAGAACUGACUUAGAUCCACGUGUCCUAUCCAACUCUGGUUGGGGACAGACUCCUAUUAAGCAGAAUACUGCCUGGGAUACUGAGACAUCACCUAGAGGGGAAAGAAAGACUGACAAUGGGACAGAGGCUUGGGGAAGCUCUGCAACACAGACUUUUAACUCAGGGCCAUGUAUAGACAAGACUAGCCCUAACAGUAAUGAUACCUCAUCUGUAUCGGGGUGGGGAGAUCCCAAGCCUGCUCUGAGGUGGGGAGAUUCCAAAGGCUCAAACUGCCAGGGGGGGUGGGAAGAUGAUUCUGCUGCUACAGGAAUGGUCAAGAGCAAUCAGUGGGGGCAUUGCAAAGAUGAGAAGCCCAUGUGGAAUGAUUCACAAAAGAACAAACAGGGCUGGGGUGAUGGACAAAAGUCAAACCAAGGGUGGUCUGUUUCUGCCAGUGAUAACUGGGGAGACACAUCAAGAAGUAACCAUUGGGGUGAGGCUAAUAAGAAAUCUAGCUCAGGAGGUAGUGACAGUGACAGGUCUGUUUCUGGUUGGAAUGAACUUGGUAAAACUAGUUCUUUUACUUGGGGAAAUAAUAUAAAUCCAAAUAAUUCAUCAGGAUGGGAUGAAUCUUCUAAAUCUAACUCUUCCCAGGGGUGGGGAGAUCCUCCAAAGUCUAGUCAGUCGCUGGGUUGGGGAGAUUCGGCAAAGCCAGUCAGCUCUCCAGACUGGAACAAGCAACCAGACAUUGUUGGGUCUUGGGGAGUCCCUCCAGCUCCAGGCAAACCCUCUGGUACUGGCUGGCUGGGAGGGCCUAUUCCAGCCCCAGCAAAAGAAGAAGAGCCCACAGGCUGGGAGGAACCAUCCCCGGAAUCCAUACGGCGCAAAAUGGACAUAGAUGACGGAACCUCAGCGUGGGGAGAUCCCAACAAAUACAACUAUAAGAAUGUGAACAUGUGGAACAAAAAUGUCCCGAAUGGCAGCAGCCGCUCAGACCAGCAAGCACAGGUGCACCAGCUGCUGCCAUCUGCAAGUGCCAUCUCAACCCCAGAGGCAGGCGGCUCCGGCUGGGGUGAGCCCUGGGGGGAGCCUUCUACUCCAGCCACAACUGUGGAUAAUGGUACUUCAGCGUGGGGUAAACCCAUAGACAGUGGUCCCAGCUGGGGGGAACCCAUUGCUGUGGCAUCCAACACUUCCACGUGGGGCUCCAGCUCUGUUGGUCCACAAGCGUUAAGCAAAUCUGGACCAAAAUCUAUGCAAGAUGGCUGGUGUGGUGAUGAUAUGCCAUUGCCUGGAAAUCGCCCCACUGGCUGGGAAGAGGAAGAGGACGUGGAGAUUGGAAUGUGGAAUAGUAAUUCAUCUCAAGAGCUUAACUCGUCUUUAAAUUGGCCACCAUAUACAAAGAAAAUGUCAUCGAAGGGUCUGAGUGGCAAAAAAAGGAGAAGGGAAAGGGGAAUGAUGAAGGGUGGAAACAAACAAGAAGAAGCAUGGAUAAAUCCAUUUGUUAAACAGUUUUCAAAUAUCAGUUUUUCGAGAGACUCACCAGAAGAAAAUGUGCAGAGCAAUAAGAUGGACCUUCCUGGAGGAAUGUUACAAGACAAACGAAUGGAGAUAGAUAAACAUAGCCUAAAUAUUGGUGAUUACAAUCGAACGGUCGGGAAAGGCCCUGGUUCUCGGCCUCAGAUGCCCAAAGAGUCUUCCAUGGAGCGCAGCCCUUAUUUUGAUAAGGAUGGCAUUGUAGCAGAUGAAUCCCAAAACUUGCAGUUUAUGUCCAGUCAGAGCAUGAAGCUUCCCCCUUCAAAUAGUGCACUACCUAACCAGGCCCUCGGCUCCAUAGCAGGGCUGGGUAUGCAAAACUUGAAUUCUGUUAGACAGAAUGGCAAUCCCAAUAUGUUUGGUGUUGGAAACACAGCAGCACAACCCCGGGGCCUGCAGCAGCCUCCAGCACAACCUCUCAGUUCAUCUCAGCCUAAUCUCCGUGCUCAAGUGCCUCCUCCAUUACUCUCCCCUCAGGUUCCAGUUUCAUUGCUGAAGUAUGCACCAAACAACGGUGGCCUGAAUCCGCUCUUUGGCCCUCAGCAGGUAGCCAUGCUGAACCAGCUCUCCCAACUCAACCAGCUUUCUCAGAUCUCCCAGUUACAGCGAUUUUUAGCACAGCAGCAAAGGACGCAGAGUCAGAGAAGCGUGCCUUCUGGGAACCGGCAGCAGCAAGACCAGCAGGGUCGACCUCUUAGUGUGCAGCAGCAGAUGAUGCAACAGUCUCGCCAACUUGACCCCAACCUGUUGGUGAAGCAGCAGACGCCGCCAUCUCAGCAGCAGUCACUCCAUCAGCCAGCCAUGAAAUCUUUCCUUGAAAAUGUCCUGCCUCACACUACACCCGAGCUGCAAAAAGGGCCAUCUCCAGUAAAUGCUUUCAGCAGCUUCCCUAUAGGCUUGAACUCAAACUUGAAUGUAAAUAUGGAUAUGAACAGUAUUAAAGAGCCACAGUCAAGACUAAGGAAGUGGACUACAGUGGACAGCAUUUCUGUGAACACAUCUUUGGAUCAAAACUCCAGCAAACAUGGUGCUAUUUCAAGUGGUUUCAGGCUGGAAGAGUCUCCGUUUGUUCCUUAUGACUUCAUGAACAGCAGUACUUCGCCAGCCAGCCCUCCAGGCUCAGUGGGAGAUGGCUGGCCACGUGCCAAAUCGCCCAAUGGCUCUAGCAGUGUUAACUGGCCACCAGAAUUCCGCCCUGGUGAACCAUGGAAAGGUUAUCCAAACAUUGACCCAGAAACUGACCCUUACGUCACUCCUGGCAGUGUCAUAAACAAUCUUUCAAUUAACACUGUGCGGGAAGUUGACCACCUCAGGGACAGGAACAGUGGGUCAUCCUCAUCCUUGAACACCACGCUGCCUUCAACUAGUGCCUGGUCAUCCAUUCGUGCCUCCAACUACAACGUUCCCCUCAGCAGUACAGCACAAAGCACUUCAGCCAGAAAUAGCGAUUCCAAAUUGACGUGGUCUCCGGGGUCAGUCACAAACACCUCUCUGGCCCAUGAGCUGUGGAAGGUCCCUUUGCCACCUAAAAACAUCACUGCUCCAUCCCGCCCGCCUCCGGGGCUCACUGGUCAGAAGCCUCCCUUGUCUACGUGGGAUAAUUCUCCUCUGCGUGUAGGUGGAGGAUGGGGAAAUUCUGACGCCAGGUAUACCCCAGGGUCCAGCUGGGGUGAGAGCAGCUCAGGGAGAAUAACAAAUUGGCUUGUUCUAAAAAACCUUACACCUCAGAUCGACGGCUCGACUCUGCGCACCCUGUGCAUGCAGCAUGGCCCCCUGAUAACAUUCCACCUGAACCUCCCGCACGGAAACGCUUUGGUCCGCUACAGCUCGAAGGAGGAGGUAGUGAAGGCACAGAAGUCUCUGCACAUGUGUGUGCUGGGGAACACUACUAUUCUCGCUGAGUUUGCCAGUGAAGAGGAGAUCAGUCGUUUCUUUGCACAAAGUCAGUCUCUGACCCCUUCCCCUGGCUGGCAGUCCCUCGGGUCCAGCCAGAACCGGCUGGGCUCCCUCGACUGUUCCCACCCGUUCUCCAGCCGGACUGAUCUCAGUCACUGGAAUGGUGCUGGGCUGGCGGGGACUAACUGUGGAGACCUCCAUGGCACUUCCCUCUGGGGGACCCCCCACUAUUCCACAAGCCUGUGGGGCCCUCCAAGCAGCAGUGACCCCCGAGGAAUGAGCAGCCCAUCCCCCAUCAAUGCUUUUCUUUCUGUUGACCACCUCGGUGGGGGUGGAGAAUCCAUGUGACAGGUAGAGGUAGACUCGUGACCGUGACCGCAACCUCAAGAUGCAAAGGAAAGGGGCACUAAGUUGAGCUCGCCGCCUGCAGCCAGGGCGCCUGUGGGAACAGCUCUUCUCUGCACAUUUUCCACUUUGUUUUCCCCGAAACAUAUCAGUUGAAUACUUGAAUCAUGCAGGCCAAUACUAUAAUGUGAAGGUGUCUCUCGUUACACUCCCACUGGCGCCAUACGUGCUGACCGCGUAGUGAGCUCACCUGUGCGAAUUCAUCAUGUUUAGCCUUUGGGUUCUUUUCUUUUUUUCCCCCCUAUUCCCACACCCCCACCCUUAUUUUUUUUUCCAAAACCAUUGUUUGGGCUGAUAACGUAUGAGCUUUUACCUUUGCACUGAAUGAUGUUCUCUCCGUCUAAUCGGCAAUAUGGGGGGGCAGCUGUUCCGUGUGAUGUUUACUCAAGGAUGUCCUUAAGGUGUGCGCUCUCCACUAUGCCUUGACGUCCGCUACCUUACUGUGUGUCGUGGAGUUGGAGAUCACGUUAUGAUGCUGACUUAGGACGAUAAUGAAAGUGUUGCACCCGUUUCUUCAUGUUCUAAAACUAAAGAAUUUCGCUCUGCAGUUUGAAAAACUGUGGCCACAGCUGUGACUUGCAGCCCGCCUGCACCGGGGGGCCCUGCACUUUGAAUGGGCUUUCCAUUUUCUUUUGAAGGCUCUCACGUUGACCUUCUUGUUUACAGAUUUUUUUGUUUGUUUUUUGAGAAAAAAAAAAAUGUUUACUCUUCCAUCAUUAAAAAAAAAAUUUAAAAGACAAAAAAAAAAAGAGGAGGAUUUAAAAGAUGCUUUCUAUCUCUGGGAAAGGAGCAGCAUUUGGCCAUGUUCUUGUUUUCUAUUCCUGUCCUGAAUCAGAGCGUGGUUCUCAGGAAAACCGGUCCCCAGUCAAACAAAACAAGCCCUGUAGUUCCUCAUAGGAAAAGGAACCCCCAGUUUCAGCACUGAUACUGUGUACUGCUCUGUGAAAGAAUUUUCUCUGCCAAAAAAAAGAAAAAACAAAAAAACGCUUCAAGCUGGAGUUUGACGUUCUGCUUCAGAUGCUGUCUUUUUAUUAGUGUGAUGAUGGUUUGCUAAUGAUCAGUAGGGAAUCAUUUUUGUAAUUCCAUCAAGUGGCUCUGUUUCUGCUGUCGUGACUGUGUUAUGUCUAAUGUUGUACCUUAAAGCCGAAAUCAGUAACUAUGCAUCCUGUAAGCACGGUUUUGGGCUUACAGCGUCGUUCAUUGUAGAAAGGAAAUUUUAAAUGUUGUUGCAAACUAACGAGUUACACCAUUUUUACAGUUUCUUUCUCUCCUCCCCCCUUUUUUGCCCACAAAUGGUAUUAUAAUGCUUGCUUAGUCAAAGGAGAGACUAAACAAGGGUAAAAAUUUUAACACAGAGAAUUUGCCAUCAUUUCAUUGCCUUGAUUCUAACUGUUUGUGUCCUAUGAUGCAAAAGAAGUCAGUGGCUUUUAACUGUUUACAAAUAGAAUGUGAUUGUAAAAUGUACAGUUUGGUUGUGUUUAAUUAUGAAAUUUCUUCAGAUAUAAUAAACCAUGACUUUUUGGCUGCUCAACAUCAA